UGUUGGCGAACGGACGAAUAUGUUUGACGUGAAGGACAAAGUGUUUCUGAUUACCGGCGCUGCUUCUGGGAUCGGUGCUGGUGUGACGCGCGCUGUAUUGGACAGAGGAGCCAAGAAUGUAGCAGUAUUAGAUUUAAACAAACAAGCGGGAGAAGCUUUUGUAACAGAAUUAAACACUAAGUAUGGGGGAAAUAAAGUUAUAUUUAUCAAAUGUGACGUUUGUAAUGAUUUGGAGGCAGCUUUUGCGGAAACCGUUAAACAACUUGGUUAUAUCGACUGCGUCAUAAACAAUGCUGGGCUAAUGAAUGACCAUCCUGAUGUUUACGAGAAGGAGAUGCUGGUGAAUGUGUCAAGUUUAAUAAAAGGAUCGUUGACAGCGUACAAGCUCAUGCGUAAGGACAGAGAUGGCAGAGGCGGUACGAUUAUCAACAUUUCUUCGAUAGUGGCACUGGUUCAAACGCCCCUGCUGCCCGUUUACAGUGCGACCAAAAGCGCAGUACUACAGUUCAGCAACUGCCUAGGGAUGGAACAGAAUUACUCGCGGUCUGGUGUUCGCGUGAUCGCUAUUUGUUUCGGCAUAACUGAUACAAAUCUGAUCAGAGGAAGGAUUGGAUGUAUAGAUGAAGAAACAGAAGAGAGAAUGUUGAUUGCAUUGAAGAAAUUUCCUGCUCAGUGUGUUGAUUCAGCAGUCUCCGGCCUCAUUGCUGCAUAUGAAAAUGGCGACAGUGGCAGCACUUGGUUAAUCACAACUAAUAGACCAGCAUUAGACAUUACAAAUAACGUGAAGAAAGCCUUCGAAAUAUUGGGUCAAGGAGUAUUUGAUUAACAGAAAAUAUCAAUACUGCAAUACUUAUUUUAGUCGUCAAGUGAAGCUUUAGAAAGCACAUACAAAUAGUAGCUGUAAGCCUAAAGCUUAUGUUUAUAUAUAAAACUUAAAAUGUCUAGAUCUAGCCAAAAUAUGGUCUCUUAAACAUCUAGACUACAACAAACAGCAACUUUUCUCCCGAUAUUGGUACUGAUGUUUAAAGUAUCGUAUGUAUAAUUCAUGUUACGUAAUUAUAAUUAAUGUACCGUUGAUUAUAAUUAAUGAAUCGUUAAUUAUAAUUAAUGAAUCGUUAGUCAAUCAGGACUAAGUGGAUGCUAUUUUUCAAUUGUUAGUCAAUCGGCUUAAGAAAAAAUUCGAAAGAUUUUCUUUAAUGCAACGUGAAUACAAUGAGAAAAACAUUUCAUUUAUUUCUUAGUAAAGAAUAAUUUUGAGAUUUUUUAGGUCGAUGAUCAGUUUUGUAUAUGAUAUUGUAUUUUUUUUCUUGGUUAAGCGGUAUAUAAUACCCUAUAUAGAACGUGUAAAUGAAAACCGAAAUAAUACUUCAGAGGCUUUAGAAGUACAAUAAUUACUGUGUCGGAGACUUCUCUGUGAAACCAAAACGCUAAUAGUUUUUGAGUAUAAAGCACUGCUACAGCUUUUACUGAAAAUUGAUACAGUGCUAACAUCACAUGCAAAAUUAAAAUCAAGUGACUCCUGUCACAUUAUUACGAGUCCUACCUGUGUCUUUUAUCUUAAAUAGGGUCUCAUAAAAAACAAAUAUGCUUAUUUAGAUUUAAUAUUUAUACAGGAUGAUUCCGUAUGAAAUAUGCUUACGCAACCCUCAACAGUAUUUCGUAAUUCCUUUACACGUUGUAUACGUCAUAAGGACCCUACAACCCGAAGACGCCGAACGUCCGACACAGCCGCAUAUCCCGCGCAGUUUUCUGGAACUUGUCUACGACUUAAAAGCGUUCGGUUGCUCAGCGAUUUCCAGCUUGUUACGGGAUGAUUCUCAAAAAAAAAUAUUAAGAAGAAGAAAUAGAAACACUGUAGUACAUGUCAUUCAUAAUAAGAACUGCAUAUAAUUUGAACUAUAAAUGAAAUUAGAUAAGGCAGUUAGUUGAGAGGGCCUGAGACAUUAUAACAGCAUAUAAGCGGCACACAAAGUUUUGUAGAUAUACACGUUUAAAAAUAGGCAUAAGUUUUAUCUUUUGUACAAGUUAUUAGUUAUAUUUAAUCUAUUUCCAAUUCUC